AUGCGUGCAUACGCUCGUUCUGGGUUUCUUCUCAGCAGUUAUGCCGCUGUCCGAUAUAACUCCGCGAUUUUCGGGGAGCUGAAGUCGGCUGUUUUGGCUCGACACGAGGCUGAUGCGCCGAAGAUCAAGGCUCUAAAGGAAAAGUACGGGAAGGAGAAGCUUAGCGACGCCACUGUGGAGGCCGCGUACGGCGGUAUGCAUGGUAUUACUGGCUUGGUGUACGAGUCGUCGAUGCUUGACGUGAUGAAGGGUAUCCGCUUCCGCGGCAUGACAAUUGCGGAGUGCUGUGAGCGGCUCCCCAAGUCGUGGAGGGGCGGCUCGUCGCCGCUGCCGGAGGGGAUGUUCUGGCUGCUCAUGACGGGCAACGUGCCCACCGACGCGCAGGUGAAGGAGCUGCACAAGGAGCUGCACCGCCGCGCCGACAGUGAGGCCAUCGCCGCGGCCAUCAAGACAGUUGCUGCACUCCCCGAAAAUACCCACCCCAUGACGCAGUUAAGCACCGGUGUGCUCGCAUUACAGGCACAUUCCCAAUUUGCUUCCGCCUAUGCCUCAGGGAAAGCCACCAAAACGAAUUACUGGGAGUAUGCUUUAUGUGACAGCCUUGAUUUGAUCGCCCGCUCUCCACAUGUGGCUGCGGCGAUUUACGGCCGCAUCACUACCGGUAAGACGGUGAUACCUAACAGUAGCAACCCUGAACUUGACUGGGCUGCCAACUUUACCAAUAUGCUGGGAUUCAAGGACGAAUUGUUCUGGGACUGCAUGCGUCUUUACCUUUCCAUUCACUCAGACCACGAGGGUGGCAAUGUUUCGGCCCAUACAACUCUUCUGGUGGCGUCUGCGCUUAGCGACCCGUACUUGUCCCUUUCUGCUGGCCUCAACGGUCUGGCUGGCCCACUCCACGGCCUGGCAAACCAGGAGGUGCUGAAUUACCUCUUCGAGCUGCGCCAGAAGUGCAAGGAGGCUGGGCUGAACAUGAAGGACCGCAAGGAACUUUCUGCUGGUCUGGAGAAGUUCACGUGGGAGCGGCUGAAUGCCAAGCGUGUGGUGCCAGGAUACGGACAUGCCGUGCUCCGCGCGACCGACCCACGCUACUUGUACCUGCGCAACUUCUGUCAGAAGCACUUCCCGGAUGACGAACUCUUCUUCCUGGUAGACACCAUCUACUCGAUCAUGCCGGACAUCUUGACAAAGCAUGGCAGGACGAAGAACCCGUACCCGAACGUGGACGCACACUCUGGUGUGCUCUUGCAGCACUUUGGUCUCACCGAGCAGAACUUUUACACCGUCUUGUUCGGUGUGUCUCGCCAGCUGGGCGUGUUGAGCGGUGUUGUGUGGGACCGCCUCCAGGGGCGGCCGAUUGAACGCCCGAAGUCAGUCACCUCGGAGUCUCUGUUCAAGAAGUUUAAUAUUGAGUAG